UUUUGUGCAAAAUUAUGGGCUUGUAUUUCCUUGCUCCCUAGGACGAGUGGGGACAGGCUAAUUUUCUCGGGCCCUUUUUGGAGGAAAAUGGGGUGGGGCAACUUAAAUUCGCAGUGAAUUUUCACAACUGAAGUCUAGCUUUUAUUUAAGUUCUUGUCUUUUUGUGUUUGGACAUGGGAUGGGACUCCAAGGUAUUAGCAAUAGAGUAACGCUUUUUUAUUGUAAAAUCCCAAUUGUGGAAUUCUGGACUAUUCGUUUAUCAAUUUUGCUGCACGUGAUGCUGAUGAUGUUAGCCAAUUUUGGACUUCGGCCAAGACAGAAGGGCAAAAAGAAUUUUAUUAAACGGAAAUCGUAGAGGGCAGCGAAACUGUAAGCAUUUCUAGUUGAAGAAAAGCAGCGGUGGGUGGUAUUGAGUACUUUAAUCUUUACCGUUAGAAGGAAGGAGUGGCACUUUCUUUCUCGCACAAACUCAAUUUACCCCAAUUUGUCCUCUGUCCGUGUCUCAUGCUCCUUUCUCUUCGCAUUUCCCUUCUCAACUCUACCUCUCUUCCACCCAUAUUUCAAAUUCCUCCCCUUUCCAAAUCUCUUCACCGUUAUUUCAGUUUCACUCCCCAUUCCCUUCUAACGCCUCCUAAGCAGCGCUUCUCUCCCCGCGAUGUGUUUAACUCCAACGUCAGGAUCCGACAACUGUCACGGGCCGGUAACAUUACUGCUGCCCGCCAACUGUUCGAUAAUAUGCCCAACAACGACGUCGUCUCAUGGAACUCUAUCAUUACCGGCUACUGGCAAAAUGGGUGCCUCCAAGAAUCAAAGAAACUUUUUGAUUCAAUGCCUGAAAGAAAUAUCGUCUCCUGGAAUUCCAUGAUCGCCGGUUGUGUCGAAAACGGCAGCGUAGAUGAAGCUUUUCAGUAUUUUCAAGCAAUGCCUGAGAGAAAUACGGCGUCUUAUAACGCCAUGAUCUCGGGGUUUAUAAGAUGGGACAGAGUAAACGAAGCUGGAAUGCUUUUCCAAGAAAUGCCUAGAAAGAAUGUGAUAUCUUAUACGGCGAUGAUGGAUGGGUAUAUGAAGGUAGGGGAAGUUGACAAGGCAAGGGAUUUGUUUGAUGGGAUGCCAUGUCGGAAUGUUGUUUCUUGGACGGUGAUGAUUAGUGGGUAUGUUGAUAAUUGCGAGUUCAAUGAAGCCAGGGAGCUGUAUGAGCGGAUGCCUAAUAAGAACGUUGUUGCUAUGACGGCUAUGAUAACAGGUUAUUCUAAGCAAAAAAGGGUGGAGGAUGCAAGGGUUUUGUUUGAUGGAAUUCGGUAUAAGGAUCGAGUGUGUUGGAAUGCAAUGAUAACAGGUUAUGCACAAAAUGGGAUUGGGGAGGAAGCACUGAAGUUGUGUUCAGAAAUGCUUAAGCUGGGUAUCCAACCAGAUAAUUUGACACUUGUUUCUGUUUUUACUGCCUGUUCUGGUCUUGCCUCACUUAAGGAAGGCAGGCAAAUACAUGUGCUUGUUAUAAAAAAUGGGUUUGACAUGGAUCUUUCCUUGUGUAAUUCCUUGAUUACAAUGUACAGCAAAUGUGGUGGCAUCCUUGAUGCUGAGCAAGCUUUUAGACAAAUUAAUGGAGCAGACCUUGUUUCAUGGAAUACAAUCAUUGCUGCAUUUGCGCAGCAUGGCCUCUAUGAAAAAGCUGUUUUUUUCUUCAACCAGAUGGAGUUGGUUGGUGUUAAACCAGAUGGGGUAACUUUUCUUAGUUUAUUAUCUGCUUGUGGUCAUGCUGGGAAGGUAAAUGAAAGCAUGGAUUUUUUUGACUUGAUGGUUAAAAAUUAUGGGAUUUACCCCAGAUCUGAACAUUUUUCAUGCUUGGUUGAUAUACUGAGUCGAGCAGGUCAGCUGGAAAAGGCAUCCAAGAUAAUUCAAGAGAUGCCUUUUCAAGCUGAUGGUGGAGUCUGGGGUGCUCUUCUAGCUGCCUGCAGUGUUUAUUUGAAUGUAGAAUUAGGGGAAUUAGCAGCUCAGAAAAUUGUGGAAGUGGAUCCACAUCAUUCUGGAGCUUAUAUUGUUUUGUCCAAUAUAUAUGCUGCUGCUGGCAUGUGGGAUGAAGUCACAAGAGUGAGGCUACAGAUGAAAGAGCAAGGAGUAAAAAAGCAAUGUGCAUAUAGUUGGAUGGAGAUUGGUAGUAAGGCGCACCACUUCCUUGGAGGGGAUGUCUCUCAUCCAGACACUGAUAAGAUCCAUUUAGAGAUUAAGAGUAUCAGUUUACAAAUGAAAGCACUAGUAAAUAUUGCAGAAAUUGAUUUGUUGUGCAGUUGUUUUGCUUGACAUAUAUCUCAAUUUGAGUUGUGGUUCAUGAUUGAAAAUCUGGAUUCAUUUGGCAAAAGCCAAUGGGGAUAUCUUGUGGCAAGUUAGAAAAAAAUACAGGUUUUGAUACCUCACUAGUCAUGGAAUUUCAGGAAAAACAGGGCAGCCACAGUGAUUUAUAAGUUGUAGAAUGUCACCACACAUACUGAGGUAGAACCUUGUGAAGACAAGAUGUUAUACGUACCCUGUUGUCCUUUUACUUAUCUGCUAUCAGCCACCUUGGGGUGCUCUGUUUGUGAUUGUGACUGAAGUGGUUCUUUUGUUCUAUCAAUCAACCAUUGACUCUUAAGUGCCACGAGUUUUGUGCAGACACACUGGAAGAUUAUUCUUCCACAACCAAUGAGUCGUUGAUUGUUUCUGCUUACACCACAAAUUUGGUGACCUUGGAGGAAGUGAUCCUCUCACAUACUGAGAAGGUAUGUUGGCGUAACUCCACCCCUGCAUGUUAUUUUAUAGGAAAUGAAAUUGACGGUAUUCAUGCUAGAAGAUGACUGAAGUGAGCCCUAUCUGAGUGUCUUAAAUGUGGUCUGAUCAAUGAAGGGACACUUUUUUUUUAUUAGCUAUAUGUGGCCCUUAAAUGCAUUGGUUCAUAUUCUGGACAAUAGUUGUGUACCAUCUGGAUUAGGUGUUAUUUAAGAGUGUGAAUAGUGAUCUGCCAGGUGGUGCUGGCAUUUCCAUGGAUUCUGACUUGAUUUGCUGUAUUGUUCCUUUUAAGGAAUGUGAGAUUCAGUUGCGAACAGUCCGGAGGGAUUACUAAGGGGCUCUUUCAUAUUCCUUUGCUAAAGGAUGAAUGUAUGGCAAGUGAUCAUGUAAGCUAUUAGUUGAAUCAUCCAAAGGGAUGGGACUACUUGAGUGGUAUACUUCAAUCAAGAAGAGGAAAACUAGGAUCCACUGCAGUUGCAUGAAGACAUUAGUAAGAUUAAUGAUGUUCUGAUCUUCAGAGUGAAUUUCCAUACGAUGAACAUGCUACUUUGUUGAUUGCUCAUGUCAUUAAGUAGUUUACAUGCUAGUUAUUCUUUACUGCAAUUUGUACGAAAGCACAAAACUGAUUUCCCUUGUUGUCUGAAGCUUAUAAGCCAAUUAUCGGACCAUUAAGAUGAAAGUGUAUGUGAUAUGUUCAAUGUGGAUUGCAAAUUACUUUUUACUCUAUUAAUCA